UUCUGUAUUGUUAUCAGUUAAGUUUGAUCUUUCACCCUCUGCCUCAUUAUCGUCAUUCUCCUUCUCAUCACUAUUAGAUUCUUGUGCUUAUUUACUGAUAGCUAUCUUAUCACCAGAUACUGGUUCUUCUGCUACUUGUUGUG